CCCCCGUCCCCCCCCCGUCCCCCCGUCAUGGCUGUCCUUUGGCCUCCUGCAGCCUGUCCGUCCUGCAGGUUCCAGUACGCGCUCACCAAAGGCGGCUGCUUGCUCUUUAGCUGCUCGCAGUGCCGCUACCAGUUCUGCAGCGGCUGCAACAACCCGUACCACAAGACGGUCUGUAAGGCGGCGCAGUGCAUCUGCCCCGGGCUGCAUGCUCAUCACCCGCGGGACUGCCUCUUCUACCUCAGGGACUGGGAGCCCCCCCGCCUACAGGCUCUGCUGCAGAGGAGCGGCGUGGACUUCAACACGGAUCCUUCUGACGGAUCUCAGUCCGAGGCUUGCUGUGUGAUGGAGCAGAAGGACGAUAAGGUGGAGUCUCCGUGUGGCCUCCGCACGCAGCCGGGACAGGCCGGCCUCUGCGAGAAGCACUACAAGGAGUACCUGGUGAGCCUCAUCAACGCCCACUCCCUGGACCCCGCCCCCCUCUACGAGGCCAGCGAGGUCAUCAGGGCCUGCGAGCGCUACCUGGUGGACACGCAGAGGGGGGGGGACGAGGACGAGGACGUCUUCCUCGCUCGACUCCUCAAGAAACUGAUGGAGGUUCCUCUUGGGGAAAAAGUUCCUCGGAACAAAUAGAAGUUUUUGCAGCAGAUCUGUUAGUUUUUAAUUCUACGCAAGUCUCCAAAUGUCGGCUGUGUUCCAAACGUCGGAGGCAGCUUCGGGAUCUGUGGUCUUAGUUCCCAUCGUCAUGACGAUGACCUGAUUACCAAAUGCUUCGCUUCUUUGUUAUCUCGGUUUUUCAUAGAUACUUAUAAUACAUAUUCAGAGGAAUUUAUUUGACGUGUGAAAUUCAAAUAUGAUGAUUUGUUUCCACUUUUUGGAAAUGUAUGUUUAAAAUACACAGAAAGAAAUCAGAAAUAUAAAGGGUGAGAAUAUUUGUAAUCUGUUGGUUUUAUAUGCGACUGGUGAAUAGAUGAAUAAAGAAAUGAUUAUUUUGAA